UUUAGUUCUUUGAUACAGGGGAUGGUGACUCAGCUGCACAGACAGCAUAGAUACAUCUGGACUUCUGAAGACUGCACAGACCAGUGCUAUCCUCCACCGAAUCUGCAGGCCCUGCUGAAGCUCGUGCUGAUACCUCAUAUCGACAACAUGUCAGUCCAAGCACUUCUUAUGUACUUUAUCCUGGAUAUGGCAAACUUCCUACAGUGCAAAGAUGACCUUCUCCAGUCUUUCUGCCAUGCCUUCACUAUUCCCUCCAGCUUCUCCCAACAAAUCAGGGCCUUCUGGAUGCUUGAUCGUGGACAUGUCAAGGUCUCCAUGGAGCUGUUACUGAGCCCCAGGGCUGCUGUUCCCUGGUUCUCCUGGCAGCAUCAUUGCAUCGUCCACAGUCUUCUUAUGAGGAAGCAGCCUCAGCUGGCGUUAAAGUACCUCCACUGGACCAGACCCACAAUAGAGAGCGCUGAGGAUGCUAAGCUCUGUGCAGAUGUACUGCUUCAAAACAGCUGUGUCUCUGAAGCGUGGGCUCUGCUGAAGAGAGGCCACGCAGACAGCAGCGACAUGGUCACGCACUUCCUCCAGGCUUGUAACAGAGCUGGUCUGUGUGCAGAGGCUUUAAAGUACAUCCCUGCAGGAUACAAUAGCGAGGGAGACAAUGUGAAUGGGAAAGAGACAACAGGGCCACUCAUGAAGAAAGCAGGAAGGCCGCCUAUCCCACUGUCUGCCAAACUGUAUCAGGCUCAGGGAGUGAACAGAGUGUCCCCAGAGGUGCUGCUCCAACUGGUCAGAACCGCCGUGAUGGAAGUGAGGAAGCCACAUCCCAAGAUAAGUGAGGUGGUGUGGCCUGAGCACACAGACAGAAACUCAAACAGAGAGAUGUGUCUGUCGACCCAGGCUCUGCGUCACCUCACGCCCAGCCCCUCGCCAGUGGGUAUGGUACAAGAAACUGAGCCAACAGAAACAGCCGAUGAAGCAGAAGAGGAAGAGCCUGUCCGAAAUCAACCUGAGUCACCAGAGCACAUGUCUUCCUCUGAGGACGACUCUGUCUCCUCCUUCACCUCAGCCUCCUCCCUGCCUCUGUUGAGACGGGACCGCCCUUAUGUGUAUGAAAGCACCUUGACUCUGCAGAGGAUCUCCUCUCUGCUCACUGAUGGAGAGAGCCAUGGCAGGGAGGAGGAAGACGAGGAAGACAGCAGAACCCCUUCAUCAACUGAUGCCUUGCCAGAUUGCCCUGAGGUGAUGCUGACACUAGAUGGCGCCACAGACCCCAUUUUCUUCAGCACUUUGAACAAAGGUACUUUGGUGGAGCUGGUGCUUUCUGCAGAGGAGGAAUUCCUCGGUGCAGUUUCAGGACCUGCCGUCGAUGAAACCCUUCCUGUAAAUAAGAGUGAGGACAGCCAAUCAGUGCCCCCCCUCUUUGAGCCCCAGGUGGAGAGUCACAGCUUCCUCUCACCUGAUGAUGACUUUGCUGAUCUGUGGCACGCUGCCGUAUCACUCCACCAAGAGGACCAAUCAAAUUGCAUCUCUUAUGAGAGUUUCAGUUUUAGUGAGGCAGCCACAUCUGACUGUUUCCUGGAGGAAGAACCUCCUCAGAAAACAUAUGAGGAUCACCAGCGACAGGACGCAGUGGGAUGCUUCAGUCAAGGCUUCUCCUGUGCCAUGACUGAAACCACUCAGAACCUGCUGACUGACCCUCACCAGAGCCUUCUAUCAGAGGAUCCAGUAGCCAGCGGCACAGGGGCCUCUGCAGGGGUGGGUCAGGAGGACACCUCCCUCCUCCCUCCGGUGUGCAGCUCUAUCUGCCCCACACAGCUUCAGCAGACCUCUGGCAGCUCUGUGACCCCCAGCCAAACCUGCAGCAUCCAAACCACCUCUGACACCACCAAUGAGAGUUUCCCCAAAGUCCAAUUAAAGACAGAUGAGCCCUGUGUCCAGAGCACCUCAUCCCACCUUGAUCGCUGCAAAGCAGGCAGCUGGUGGAAACAGGACCUGGAAACCUGUAGAGCUUCCAGUGGCCUUCUGUGUGCUGCAGAGCCAGGAGCAGCUGUCACACCAGAUAAUAAGAGGCCUUCUCUUUUGCUAAGCCAACCAUAUUCCAACAGUCUGGUCAACUUUAUGGACUUCACUGCAGAGCAAAGAGGAGACAACAGAGACGGCAAACAGGCAGACAAAGAGGAGCCCGCAGGUUGGAGCAGUUUGGGGAGGGGUUCACAAGGUGCCAUAAGAAGUGGGAGAACACGAUCAAGGAAAGGAAAGCGAGUGAAGAGAACAUGAAGAUUUAGUACAUCUCUGACACAAAGGACAGCGCAUGGAGAACUGAACUGACGUGUAGUUCUCAGUCUUUUAACAUGAUGCAUCUUUCUUUAGAUUCAGAAAUAUAUUUUGUAUUCAAAUCUGGAUUUGGUUCAUUCACCUGCAGGCAACGCUGGAUUAACUCACACCUGAUCAUACGACAGGCCUCAGGAUCACCACAUGGACUUUUCGCCUUGACACUAUGCGUCUCCCCCUUCCUCAUCAGUCACCUGUCUGUCUGUUCUGACGGCUCUCCCACCCAGUGACCCUGUCCUGCCACACCCUUUUUC